AGUGCACCAUCCCAGAACAGCUAUCCUCAGCCAAGCACUGUCAGGGGCUAUUUUCUGUCUCGAGGGCCUGAGGACACUGACGUAGAAGAUGUGUGAGGAAGAGGACAGCACUGCCCUUGUUUGUGACAAUGGGUCAGGGCUUUGUAAAGCCGGCUUUGCUGGGGAUGAUGCUCCAAGAGCAGUUUUCCCUUCCAUUGUGGGUCGUCCCAGGCACCAGGGUGUGAUGGUUGGUAUGGGUCAAAAAGACAGCUAUGUAGGUGAUGAGGCUCAAAGCAAGAGAGGAAUCCUGACCUUGAAAUACCCCAUAGAACACGGCAUCAUCACAAACUGGGAUGACAUGGAGAAGAUCUGGCAUCACUCUUUCUAUAAUGAGCUGCGUGUUGCACCUGAAGAACACCCGACUCUGCUGACUGAAGCACCACUGAAUCCCAAAGCCAACCGAGAGAAAAUGACCCAGAUUAUGUUUGAGACUUUCAAUGUUCCAGCCAUGUAUGUAGCUAUUCAAGCCGUCCUGUCCCUCUAUGCUUCUGGACGUACCACAGGGAUUGUGCUUGACUCUGGCGAUGGUGUCACCCACAACGUGCCAAUUUAUGAAGGCUAUGCCUUGCCACAUGCCAUCAUGCGCCUGGACCUGGCUGGCCGUGACCUGACAGACUACCUCAUGAAAAUCCUGACAGAACGCGGCUACUCCUUUGUGACCACUGCGGAGCGCGAAAUUGUCCGUGACAUCAAGGAGAAACUGUGUUAUGUGGCCCUGGACUUUGAAAAUGAGAUGGCCACUGCUGCCUCUUCCUCCUCUCUGGAAAAAAGCUAUGAGCUUCCUGAUGGUCAGGUGAUCACCAUUGGAAACGAACGCUUCCGCUGCCCAGAGACCCUCUUCCAGCCUUCUUUCAUUGGCAUGGAGUCUGCUGGAAUUCAUGAAACCACUUACAACAGCAUCAUGAAGUGCGACAUAGACAUCAGAAAGGAUCUUUAUGCCAACAAUGUACUGUCUGGAGGCACUACAAUGUACCCGGGUAUUGCAGACAGGAUGCAGAAGGAAAUAACUGCUCUCGCUCCCAGCACUAUGAAGAUCAAGAUCAUUGCUCCUCCUGAACGUAAGUACUCCGUCUGGAUUGGAGGCUCUAUUCUUGCCUCCCUGUCUACUUUCCAGCAGAUGUGGAUCAGCAAACAGGAAUAUGAUGAAGCUGGCCCAUCCAUUGUUCACCGCAAAUGCUUUUAAAUUGCUUUAUCUUUAUAUGCCUCCUUAGUGUAUUACUGUGAAUGUAUUCAGGAAAAUACAUUCUUAUAAUUUCAUUCCAUAAAUCCUUCAUCGUAAUUACUCUAAUUAAUUUGAUACUGUAUUUUUUUUAAUAAAUUUUAAAUAUGCUAUGAAAUUGCUGCUCCUAUUAAAAAAAAAAAAAGAAAAAAGAAAAAAAAGAGCAUGCAUGUGCGGAGGUACCGUUACAGCUGGGUUGAAGCUCCAUCUUGUGACGCGAAUUUGUUACUACACUAUACUGGGCUUCGUAGAAAAAGAGGUACCUUUUACUCAAUGAUGCCAAUAAUAGAAAAUGCUCAGCUAUCAGGCUGCACAUUGUCAACGUUUAGCCUCAGAAAACAUUUUAGUCUUCAAACAGAAGCAGUCUUGAUUUUUCCAAAGUUCUGGGCAGUACCAAAGGAGCAUAGCAUCUGUUCGAUAUCAGGAUGAGCAUCUGCACUCUGCUUUGCAUCUGCUCUAUCCAGAAAUAUUAUCUAUCCACACCACUUCUUAACUCACAGCUGUCACGCUGGAAAUGCUAAUUUCUUGCAGUUUGUGCCCCAGAGGUGUACAAUGCAUCUACAACAAGUCUGUGUGUUUUCUUUCAAGAAUCUGUUCCUUUGGGAGCAUAUCUAAACACUAAUAUUAGAUUGAACACAUGACUUUCCUAUCUUAUCUUAUGCCCUCAGGAUGAGGGCAGCCUAUUAUUUUUAUGCUGUGAUUUCUGGCAAGUUCUAAAGGGUAAUUAAGCUGGCUUAAUACACUUUCUCUUUAAAACUGGGUUGCUUUUUGGGGGGAGGGGUAAUGUAAUCAAAGUAGAUAAAAUAAUUUAGAUGAUUUUCUGUGAUUUUUUUUUCUGAUUCCAUUUAUAGUCUUAAGUAAAUCAAAACUGACACUCAACUAGAAGUAUAUGCAUAGCAGCUGAAGCCAGUGAUACUGUCUUAAAAGUAUAUAGAUGAAUAAAGAAUUCACUGGGACAGACCUGAAAAAGGUCAGUUCUAAGGAACUUGCUGCAAUCUGUAUGCAUUAGAGUUCAGGAUAAAGGAUGCUAUUUAUUUUUGUUACCUAUUUUCCUGUCUAAACUCAAUAGUUUACCUCACUUCUCUGCUACGUGUUGCCUUUCAAACUGUAAGCUCUUUGCCACAGCACCUGUUAUUUACCAUGUCCGCAUAACCCCUGGGUUCUAGACCUUGUCCAGCUUCUGACUGUUAGGACAUGUUCCAAACUUUUUUGUACUAACCUUGUUAUUUAAAGUACAGGCCAUCUAGGUUCUUGGAACAGAUGAUAGAUACUAAAUAAACUCUUGUAAGAGCAAAUAACUUUGUAUGGUUCUUCCUUCUAACUUUAUCUAGAUCUUUUUAUCUAGCACUAGAUAGAUCCAGAGAAUCCCUUUCAGGAUAAGAACUUUAUUUCAAAUAAAGGUUUCUACUGGAGGGUCGCUGGAGAAGACAUAUUUCUCCAGGGGAUUCUGAAGUAUCUCUUAUAUUCCAAGAUGUGGUGAGGGUCAGCUGUCAGGUAAAGGACUUGUGUUUUCCUAAGUAUUUUCUGCUUAAUGACUUAGCCAAGAAUUGAGCUAUACGAGGAUGGAAUAGAGAAAAGGAUGGAAAAAAAUUAAAAAUCACCCAAACUGAUGAAUUUGUCUCUACUAUAUAUAAUAUAAAUUCAUGGAAGCAGUGAAGAGAUAUAAGUAGCUAGAGGGCACAAAAAGCCAACCACUGUUAAAAAUCUGUAAUUCUCAGAAAGCAAUUAAGGCCAACAAGUGACAAAAGAAACAUUUAUUUCAACACAGUUACUGUUGUUUGAAAUUAAUUUUAUUGUGUUUUAUAGGUGAUAUUUGUUUAGAGAUUCAGUGGUAAUGCCACUGAAAUCCAUCUUGAAAGAGCAACAAAAUAACUCUGAAACAGGCUAGAGCAAUAAAUAUCAAACCAUUCAAUCUAAAAUGUAUAAAUAUAAAAUUCCUUUCUGAAAAUGUAGGAAAAACGGGGAUCCUUUUUUCUGUUUUGGCCAUUUGUACAGUAACAUAGUGAUUGUCCAUCCGUAUCACCUCAGAUCCAGCACAAUUAUCUUUAUGUCUUUCCCGACCACAUGGGAACAUGGCUGCAGAAGAAGUCAACCCAUUAGUCAUAAAAAUAACUUUCAGUAAAACAGCAUAUGAGGGCUAUUGUUUCCUUUUAAUUUUCCAAGCCUGCUUAAUACUAUGGCUGUCUAUCAAGCUUUGACUGUACCUGUCACUGUCUUUUCCACAGGCAAACCUGACCAUUACAGGUAUAGAAUGCUGAAUAAAGCAAGGACUACAACAUGCAAUCAGAAAUAAAUUUCUAAAUAUAAUAUUGUUCAGUGUUUAGCCUGUGAAACAGAUUAUAGUUCUGUGCUAUCCUUUAUGUAUCACAGCAUGGGAUACCUCAAAUGGAGAGGGAAGGUGGUGUGUCCUGCAUUAGAAAAAGUGCAUGGGGGACAGCAGCAACAAAGUGUGAACUCUGUUCUCCUCCUGCAGUGGCUUCAGAUGUGUCUGCCCAUAUGAUGGAUUUUAUUAUUUUUUUUUUAGUAUUUAGGACUAGAUUGUGUCUUUAGAGGCUGCGAUCUCACUGGUUUUCUUGGAAGAUCCACGUGUUCUGGGGAGUGUACUUGAAAAGAUAUUUGUGUUCGAUAUGCAAUACCAGCAGUGUGUCUAAUGAUUAUAAAUCAGCUCAAAUGGGCAGUAACUUAAUUAAUGAACUAAGUCUGUGAAGGGCCACUGAAAAGAACCCAUCUGGAAAAAAAAAAAGUCAUUGAUUUUUUCAGAGUUGGAUGACCUUCUCAUUAUUCCUACAGUCAAUGAUAAAAGAACAAAACAAAGAACCCAAAUUUCUCCUCCUUUUGAAGAACAAUAUUGACAUUCUGAGAGUCCUUCAACAAAGAAGUAAUUAUUUCCAAUGUCUUUCAGCAUUACUUCUCUGCAUCUGAUCAUUUUAGUUUGAGCUAUAUGAGAUGUUUUGUAUUUGAAGUGAGAGAAUGAGUUUCCUUAAAAAAUAAAAUCUUCAUUAUUCAAAGGUAAAAA